AUGGAGAUGUCCAGGGCUGUGGGGCAGGCCCAGCGCUCUCGCACGGUGAAGAGGAGGCUGUGGGGAGGCCUGAGACAGCAGUGGAAGCUGUUGGGCUUGUUUGAGAUUGACCAGCAGCACGACUUCUACAGCCUUACCUGCAUGAUGAAGGAGGGCCUGGCUGCUGCCAUACAGAACACCAUCGACAACCCUACACCUGAUGAGCUCUCAGAGAAGGAUUUCAGAUUGGAAGUUACUCAAAUACACGAGGACUUUAGGAUGGAGACGUUUGCGGGGCCAGUGUUUUCCAGCCUGCGGCGCUUGCUCGGCAUGACUGAGAAGGAGUACCAGCACUCACUGUGUUCCAGCGGCUGCUACCUGCAGUUCAUCAGCAACUCCAAGAGCAAGGCCGACUUCUUCCUGACGAAUGAUAAACGCUUCUUCCUGAAGACUCAGAACAGAAGAGAAGUGAAGUUUCUCUUGUCUAAUCUGAGGGUUUACAUGGAGCACCUGGAGAAAUACCCUCAUUCACUCCUGGUGAAGUUCUUAGGUGUUCACAUGAUUAACAUUCCUCAUAGAAAGAAGAAGUAUUUUCUUGUUAUGCAGAGUGUUUUCUACCCAGAUGACAGGAUCAAUGCCAGGUAUGACAUUAAGGGGUGUGAAGUGAGUCGGUGGACUGAGCCGGCACCAGAAGACAGCCAGGUCAUCGUGGUUCUAAAGGACCUGAACUUUGAGGGCCAGUGCAUCACUUUAGCCCAGCAGCGCCCCUGGCUGCUGCGCCAGGUGCAGGCUGACACGUCUUUCCUGCAGCGCCUCAAUGUUCUGGAUUACAGCCUGCUCCUGGCCCAGCAGCCCCUGCAGCAGGACGAGCGCCUUCAGGGCCUCUCCUUCGCCAGCCUCAUCAUGCGCACCAAGAAGUCGGUGAUCGCAGGCUCCAGCCCCGCCCACUCUGACCCAGGGGCGAUCCCAGGGGCAGUGCUGAGGGCAGAGUCAGAGACAGGAAGCUGCUGGGUGACAGGGACGCAGGCAGGAAGUGAACUGCCCGACGCCCUCCCGAACUCUGCGGAACUGCAGGACUUCCAGGUGCAGAACCGCAGGCUGCUUCCCAGCAGCAGGAACCCCCUCCACGUCAUCGACGGCCCCGAGCACCGAUACUUCUUGGGCAUCAUCGACAUAUUCACGGUCUACGGCUUCAGGAAGCGUCUGGAGCACCUGUGGAAAAGGAUUAGGCAUCCAGGGCAAACUUUCUCCACCGUAAGCCCCUCCACCUACUGCCUGCGGCUGUGCAGCUGGGUGCAGGACCACAGCCAGUAGAGUCAGAGCACCAUAGAGUCAGAGGAUCAUAGAGUCAGAGGAUCAUAGAGUCAGAGGAUCAUAGAGUCAGAGGAUCAUGGCAGAGUCAUGGAGACAGAGACUCCUUACCUUGCUGCUCUGCCACAGCAGGACAGAGACACAGUGACCAACCCUGACAACCCUCCCAGAAUGCAGGUGUCCCUCUGUGCUUCUUCGCCAUGUGUCAACAUGCUUAAACCCAGAACACCCUCCUUGUGAGGCACAAAGAUCCUCUGCAGCAUACAAGCUUUUCCUAAAGUGUUAAGAUUAGAAACACAAAACUUACCUGUCAAAAGAAAGUGCUGUGAUUGAUACAUAUAAUUUCCUAAUUGGCAUUGCGAGUUAAUUAAUUAAUGUUUCAUUUACUUUUACCUUUAACAAAUAUGUAUUUGAUUUACAUUUGAAUUUGAUGAGACACAGUUGUAUUCUUUCUUAUGAAUUUGUUUAUUUUUUCCUGAACAUUGAAGUGUUGAUCCUGGUUUCAGUGUUGUACGUCACCUUCACAGACAAGUGAAUAUUCCCCAGAUAUUGUUUAUAUAUACUUUGUGCGAAAAAUGGCAAGACCAGAAAGAGGCUGAUGAGUUCUUAGUUAAAUAUAAGAUAUUCUGCUCAUUUAAUUAACAUUGUAAAGACUAUGGUCCUGUGGGCCAUCUUCUGGGAUAUGAUCUGAACCAGGAUCUUUAGGCUCUAAUCCUGGAGAGCAAUGGCUGAUGUAUGUUCGCUGGAACUUGUCCUAAAGGUGUUUCAGAUUAUCUGAAUAUGUAAAAUACUGGCUGCUACACUACUGGCAUUGGCUACUGACACAAUGCAUCACAUCUGAAUGUUAGGUAACACAAAGAAAUACACUAAAGGCCAAGACCCAACAAGAUAGCUCUUUGUAGGAACCAAAAUUGUCUAAUAAAUGGCUUG